AUGUCUAAAGACCUCUCUGAACUACUUUCGCCAGAUAUGCGAGAACCUGUGUGCCACGGCGUCUUCACGCGUUUGACGUUGCCGGCCGAUCUUGAGGACCACCUUCAAGCUGCAGAUGAUCUCUCUGCCAAGCAUCCUCCUGACCCUAUAUCUCUGAAGAAACUUCAGUUCCCAAUUGCCGCUUUCUUUAAAGUCCCAUGGAGCGAUAAAAAGCAGGAGGUUGCUCUUGAGGUCCUUCAAGUACUGGUCAUUUGGUGGCAGGAAAAGGUCAAAGGCUGA